AAAAUUCCUGCGAUGCUUGUCUUUCAGAUUCUCACUCUGUAUGAUAGCAUCCAUGUAAUCAACGUAGACAAAGUGGUAGCCUAUGUUCAGAGUCUACAGAAAGAAGAUGGUUCCUUUGCUGGAGACAUCUGGGGAGAAAUCGAUACAAGAUUCUCGUUUUGUGCAGUGGCAACUUUGGCUCUCUUGGGCAAACUUGAUGCUAUUAAUGUGGAAAAGGCGAUUGAAUUUGUUUUGUCCUGUAUGAACUUUGAUGGUGGAUUUGGGUGCAGACCAGGCUCUGAAUCUCACGCAGGACAGGAUUCCUGGCCAUAACUAGUCAGUUGCAUCAAGUGAACUCCGACCUACUUGGUUGGUGGCUUUGUGAACGACAGUUGCCCUCAGGUGGACUCAAUGGAAGACCCGAGAAGUUACCAGAUGUGUGCUAUUCCUGGUGGGUGUUGGCCUCCUUAAAGAUAAUUGGGAGACUUCAUUGGAUUGACAGAGAAAAGCUUCGAAGCUUCAUCUUGGCAUGUCAAGAUGAAGAGACAGGAGGGUUUGCAGACAGGCCAGGAGACAUGGUAAGUAUAAUGCUACAUUGCAGUUUUUCAUGGUUACAGAACAUUUUUUUUAAAGAUUUAUUCAUUUAUUAUAUAUAAGUACAC